CCCCUAUUCCCCUUGAUCUUACACUACACGUCUCUUCCUCUAUCCUUGGCUCUUUCUAUACGCCAUUAUGCCGUUUUAGUCUACCUAUAUCACACGCUUUUGUUGCUAUCCGCCUCUCCCUUUUCUUUAAGAAAGUGAAUGUUCAAGUAUGAAAUACUUUGAAUUGAAAGAAAAAUAGUCAUCAAUUUUGAAUCACCCAAAACCCAGAAUCUUAUGUUAGUACAUAGUAUCAAUCAUUGAAAUUUCUUGUUAUUCUCAUCUCUUUGUUAUCCAUUAUUUUCCUCCUGAGGUGGGCCUUUGCUUUUUUUCCCCUUGUUAUUUCAUUUUUUCCAUCUUUUCUCAAAUGGGUGGUAAAAAAAGUCCUUAAUUUUAUAUUUGGAUUGAAGAAAAAUCCAAUUUGUAUACUUCUAUUUGAUUAGUUUGGUGUAAUGGGUAUCCUUUAUUUUCUUUUAUUUUAUAUUUGGAUUGAUUAAAAAUUCAAUUUUUAUAAUAUUUAAUUAGUUUAGCGUAAUUGGUAUUGUUUAUUUUAUUUCAAUUUUCAUCCUUUACUUUGUGGUUUUAAAGGCCCUUAAAUUUGGGAUUAAAAAAGAUUGGUUUAAGAAUUGUUCAAAGAAAGGUUCUUUACCUGUCUUUCAAUAAAGGUGGAGAAUUUUAGAUAGAUAAAGGGAGAGAAUUAGAGACAGAAAGAAGGGCUGCCUUUUUUUUUUGUUUGGAAUACAUGAAAUUCUUUAGUUAUGAUUAUUAGAAUGAUCAGAAAUUAUCAAAAGAAAGACAAAAUUUUCUCUUUUGUCAGAAGAAAUUGUGCUUUUUCAUUUUGAUCGUUUGAUUAUUAGAGGUACCUAUUUAACAUUUAAGUACUAUUUUUAUCUCUUUUCCUUCAGUUGGUUACAUUUGAUUGGAAUAUUUAAUUGGAGGUUAUGCAGUUAUUUGUGUUUAUUGACCUGAGUGCUAUUUUUGUUGCAUUUCAGAAAUUUUUUCUUGGUGGGAAUGGGAUGUUUCUAUUUUUAGUUGGUGGGACUUCAUGAUAUUGAUUUUUGGUGUUUUAUCUGUUUCUAGAAAUUAUUUGGCAUGAAUAAUAUUGAUUUCCUUUGUGUAAGUAUCAAAUUUUGACUGUUAUGUUCUGUUGAUUCUAUUCAUAAUUGUUUGUUAAUAAUUAUAUGGAUCAUGACUUAUCAAAUUCUCUUUAUUAGCUUUGAGGUAUCAUGAUGAUGAUGAUGUUGAGUUGCGCGGGUGCGCAAAUAAGGGCUGGCUCUAAGCAAGUGCAAGUCGUGCAUGCCCAGGCCCUCAAAAAAUUUUAUUUUUCAACUAGUGCUAAGGUUCGAACUUUUCUAUAUACAUACAAUGGUAAUGGUUUAGGGCUCAUAAAUAAUCUUUCGCCCUAGUGCCUAGAAAACCUAGGGUCGACCAUCGGCAAAUUCUGUGUAUUAUUUGAGGAAAACACAAUUCUAUGGCCUAAUAUUGAACACAAAUGCCUUUGGAAAUUAUUUAGGUGUAGCUUGAACCUUAUAACUAGUAAGGAAUUCAGGAUUUGAGUUUGUAAAGGCUUUUCACCAAUACUAUUUUGUUUAGGAAAUGAUUUAGUUGUAGUCUAAACCUUUCAACUUGGAUUGAAAAAAGGAAGUGCUUAGACCAUCAUUCAACUAAUAGUCCAAAAUUUUUUUCUUUCCUGUUUUGGCUUAUAAUUGAGAUAAUGACUUUUUGCAUCACAAAAGUAGAAAAUAUUGUGUAAAAAUACGGUUACGGUAACGUUCGCAAAACCUUAUCCGGAUGAUUUUGCGGUCAGUGUGGCUAUAUUUUUGGUCGCAGUAAAGUCAAAAACCAUUACAAUACGGUCGCAAUACGGUGAUUUGGCCUUGUUUUGGCACUAUGAUAGAAAGUGAAUAAUGCAAACGAAUUGAUUAUUUGGUGCUUUUAACCAUUUUUUAUAUUCAGGCUCAUAAGAAUUGUGGCAAAUAUGCAUCCUUGAGGUUUCAAUUAGAAAUUCCUCUCUUAUUCCAUAGGAGUAUUAUAUUUUUUAUUGGUUGGUGAAUGGAGAAGCCUGUUGCAAGUCAUUGAAACCUUACUAGAUGCAUUUUUGAUUGUAGGGAUACUCUUCUUUUAGUGGUUGAUAUUGUCUCUUUAAUUUCUACUUGAGGAUGUAAUGUCAAACAUUGGGCAAAGGUAGUUUAAGGGUGUUUUGAUAUCCAUGAUGAGCCUUUUGUUCUUUUCUUCUGGAGUUCUGUUCUUUUCAAGUAGUUGUUUUUACUCGUCAAUCUCUCAUAAUUCAUCUUCUCUUGAACAAUUGAAUCACAAAACUCAAAUAAUGCCAAAGUCUUAGGCUAUUUUUGGAUGGAAACUUUGGAGAGAACAUAAAGGAAGGGGAAUGGAGGGAAGAAAAAGGAAGGGAAGAGAAAUGGAAGGGAAGAAACUCUUGUUUGUUUAAGAGGGAAGGGAAGGGAAAGUAAGGGAGAUAAAAGUUUUCCCUUUGAAUCUUUUCAACUUUGGAAAGAUUGAUACCUUAACAAAAAACUGUCAUCCAAUCCCUCCAAUCCCUUCCUUCUAAAUCUCUUCCCUCUCAUUUUAUUAUCCAAAUAAGGGAUCCCUCAUCCCUCCAUAUCCCUCCUCCUCCUUUCCCUCUAUCUGCUUCUAUUCAAACACACUCUUAAUAGCUGAAGAUUGGGGUCGAGGACGCCUGCAUGAAGAUUAUUUUUGGUUCUUGAUCAUGGGAUGCAAAUAAUUUUUACGAAGUUGGUUAUCAUAAACCUAUCACUUACGCUCUUCCUUUAUCCGGGCUGUGGCUGGCAAUGAGCAAAGAGCACUUGCAGGCGGAGUUAAUUGAACCACAAAGCAAAUUUCUGUAAUCUGGAGGAUAUGAACUUAUAUUAGAAAGGAAAGUUUUAGUGCUCCCUAUGUUUAGUAUCUCCCAUGGAACACAGGACACUUGCAUAUUUGUGCUUUAUGAUAAAACAUGCAUCACGGUUCUAGUUCCAGAACUGGCUUUUGUGUUCAGUUUUUCCUAAUUGCAACUUCUAGUAAACAGUUCACGUCUGUGACAUGUGAGAAUUUCUCUCUUGUUUACGGCCAGAUCACUGUCACAUGAUUCACUAAUCUCUUUACGAAUCGCGAAUUAUAAUCGGUGUUGGGCUAUUUUAGGUCAUUUUGAGAGAAUCGUGAAUUCAAAAGACGAAUUAACUGGCGAACUAUGUUACAGUGGGCCUGAUUAUGACCCUAAAUGUUCGCCUGCCUUGAUUAUGAUUUGUACUUUCCUUUGUGAAUGUUUUGUGACUUUAUUUUCUAUUAUACUACACUUUUAGUUGUGUUGCUGAUUAUAUUAUGAGUCAAGUAACACCUGAAAGGCUUAAAGUGUUUUCAUAUUUUACUGCAGAACUGAAACUUGUACAUAUACUAAUGGAAGAAUGUUCUAGUAGAAGAUCUUCUGGAGGGUUUUCUAUAUCCCGAAGAGAGCCUAGCCAUGUUUUAAGAGACUCUGCUGAAAAUAACAGGGAUCAAAAUGUUCAGGUUUGCAGUCGAGUUGGAUGCAGCAGCAGAUUGAACUCAAUGAAGUAUUCCUCUAUCGGCUCUCCCGGCAAAGUAACAUCUUCAAAAACUACUUUUAGUUCACCUGCACGAAAAAAGGAAAUCAGUGAAAAUUCAUAUAAAACUGUUGCUUCUCCUAUUAAUUUGAGAAAAUCAUUUUCAGACUUGAAAAAGAAAUUACCUUCCAAUUGUGACACAGAUUCAGAAACAUGCAGUCUUCUAGAUGAAUCUGUGGAACAAGCUGGAAAGACUCGGAUGAGGGUUCGUCCUGAGACAGGAAAUCAUCAUUAUUCUGCAGAAGCUACAACAUCUGAAGCGGGGCGUUCCAGUGUAGGACCCACUACCAGAUCUAUGAAGAACACUCAGAGAUUUGGGUUGCGGCGAGAAGAUUCUGCUUCACGUUCUUCUGCUUCGGUUUCUUUAAAACAGGCCAACGAAGGGCGAAGAAAUGAUGGUUCUAGUACAAGCAAGUAUAAUCUGAGAAAGUUCAAAUGUAAUUCAAUCCCUGACGUUGUCUCAUCGGGCUCUUCAGCGUCUUCAGCCGAGUCUAGUCACCGUAGGAGGAGGGACACUAGUGGUAGGAAGAAAACUGGUGAAGAUGAGAGUAAGAAACUGAAUGGAACUAUGCAGGAUGUUAGGAGGAUUGACUAUAUAAAUCGUGGAAUCUCCAUCUCCGAGUCAGGGCAUACGCGAAAUCCUGGCACUAGCAAUGCUGGAUCAGUUAGGACUCGUGGGUUAUCUGCUAGAACAAGGCUUUCGAAUCAUGAAAAUCGGGAAAGAUUGCCACUGGUGGAGUUACCUCGUAUACGCCCACCUUCGCCUGAACCUGAAAUAUCAAUUGAUGAAACUGAUUUCGAAAUGGGGAAUCAGUUUUCUGGCCAAAUCCCAUCAAUUUUUAUGAGUUCUUACAGUAGAUCAGGUAGCGGCAGUGAACAUAUUCGGCCUAAUAGGUCUUUAGGUCCCUGUGAUGUUGGUGCUGCUCGUUCUUUUAUGAACCGUGAUUCCUUGAGACAGUAUAACUUAGAUGGGAUUGCAGAGAUGUUUUUGGCAUUGGAGAGAAUCGAACAAGAAGGAGAGCCAACUUACGAGCAACUACUCUUUCUGGAAACUAAUCUUUUUCUAGGAAGACUUGCUUUCAAUGACCAGCAUAGGGAUUUGAGGAUGGAUAUUGAUGAUAUGUCAUACGAGGAACUAUUAGCUUUAGAAGAGAGGAUGGGAAGUGUAAGUACAGCAGUGCCAGAAGAGGUGUUGGAUAAGUGCCUGAAAAGAAGCAUCUACCAGGCUAUUGCAGAUUGUAGAGAGAAUGCAGAUGAUGUCAAAUGCAGUAUAUGCCAGGAAGAAUAUGUAGACGGGCAAGAAGUGGGACGACUUAGUUGCAAGCACAAGUAUCACGUGGAGUGUAUAAAUCAAUGGUUGAGGCUUAAGAACUGGUGCCCUAUUUGCAAGGCUUCCGCAGCACCUUCACCAUCAGCAUCUCCACCUUCCUGAACUUAGAUGUUAUCUUCUUUCCUUCUGUACAGUUCUUGUACUAUUUUGGGGCGUUGUACAGAUUAAAGUCGGGUUUGUUUCAUAUCGUACAACUCAUAGUCUUGGACCUUAACAAGUUGGUUUUGCUCUCCCUUAAAAAGUACAUGUUUCGCCGUGAUGUGUUAUGAUCCUUGGUUUGGAAGGAUGAUGUUCCUUUGUUCUUUUGAAUUAGCUAUAUUACAUAAUAUUUAUAAAGUUCUCACUUUGAUUUACGUAAA